AUGCCAGUCUACAUGCUCCAUGGAUUCCGCUGGCCGCGCGCCGGCUUCACAGGAAUCCGCGUAUACAUCGUCCUCCACAAUCUCGAGGACGCUGCAGCAGAAUACAUCCAACAACCACUGACAACAGAACUUCUACGUGAAUCACUCAGAAAGACACAACCCGAUAUACUCCCACGACUGCCAGAGUUGCGAUUCAUUGAGCAAUAUGAUCCUAACGAUGAGUCGAGCAAUACCGUCAGCCAGGACUAUGCCUAUGUGGCUGCCAAGGUCAUGACUAUCCCUGAUGGCGCGACUACUGCUGAUGGUCUGAAGCCUGGGAAGAACAUUGAGGAUGCUGUGGAGCAGGGACCUGGCUUGACGUCUGAUCAGACGGAGGCGUUGGAGGAAUUGCGUAAUCGUUUGGCGCCUGAUGAGAAGAUUGGCUGGUUUAUGGUUUAUAACGGGGAUCCGGAGAGGUAUUUUCCUGAAUUUGAAGAGGAUUACGAUGAUGAGAACUAUGUGGAUGAUAAGUCGAAGCUGGCUUCUGAUGACAGGCCGCAGGGCUAUACUCGGCGAUCAUUCAAGCUGUGUGCCAACUUUCGCUCAGGAAAACACAGAUGCAGGCCAGGUAACCUCCUGGUAAUCACAAUGGUCUUAUCAUUUAUUCUCGUCCAAAAUCGCCAGGGCAAAACACGCCUGGCGAAGUGGUACGCUCCAUACAGUGAUGAGGAGAAAGUAAAGCUCAAGGGCGAGGUCCAUCGCCUUGUCGCACCGAGAGAUCAAAAAUACCAGUCCAACUUUGUUGAAUUCCGAAGAAGCGCGAAGAUCGUGUACCGAAGAUAUGCGGGACUGUUCUUCUGCGUGUGUGUGGAUGCUAACGACAACGAGCUCGCCUAUCUAGAGGCCAUCCAUUUCUUCGUCGAGGUGCUUGAUCAAUUCUUUGGGAAUGUGUGCGAACUGGAUCUAGUAUUCAACUUCUACAAGGUCUACGCAAUUCUAGACGAGGUCUUUCUCGCCGGCGAGAUUGAAGAGACAAGCAAGCAGGUUGUGCUUACCCGACUUGAGCAUCUAGAUAAGCUGGAGUAG